ACGUCCGUACAACAGAUUGAUCGAUUGUUGCAAGAAAAUUACAAAUGGCGAAAUCUCAAUCCUUUUUUUGUUCUUGAUUUGGAUCACGUUGCUAACAAGGAUGAUAUUUCGAGACGAUACAAAGCCCUUUCUCUGCUCCUGCACCCUGACAAGAAUCGGGAUAACCCGCGCGCUCAAGACGCCUACGACGAGGUGCUAAAGGCAAAAGCAGCUUUGGAUGAUGAGCACAAGGCGAGUCAUGUACGUCAGUUGAUUGAACAGGGCAUGCGGCAGGGGAAGGCUGAUUUCGACCGACUGGGUAGCUCUCAUGGAGAGCAAACGCUGCAAAGUAUGCAGUCCAAGGCUGUGCAAAAGAUCUUUGCCCAAAUUGAAUUCAAGCGGCGGGAAAUAGAGCAGAGAGAACGAAAUUUCUCACAACGUGAGCAGCAAAAGGAGGAAGACGAUCUCGAGAAGGAACGCAGCGCUCGGACGUUUGACAAGAACUGGAAACAAGAGGAACGAGUCGAUAAACGUAUUGGUAGUUGGCGAAACUUUCAAAACAAAAGACCAAAGAAGGCGUAA